ACGAUCUAUCUUCAAAACCAACUAAUGUGUAGUACGUAAUAUUGAUUAUUUCGUAUGAUCAAACUUCUCAUCAAGUGCUAGCUAUUUGCUUGAGCUUGAUGCCAUACUUGACACUAGACCAUUAAUGGCAACUCUUAACACCAUCAUCAGUCAUAGUGGUCAUGGAGUCUCUUCCCUCACUAUUAAAUCUAACAACUCCAGCUUUACUCGAGUUCUCCUAUCUACCAAACUCAUCACCAAGUUAGACCCAGAAACUAGACGGGUCUUCUCUACCCGAAAAAGAAGAAACUGGGUCCUCCGUGCCAUCAUUGAGGAACAAGAGUUGGCUCCGGGGAGGCCUAACGAGUCAAAGGAGAAAGCUAACGCCUUAUUGAGUGAUGGGUCUGAAAAAAUUGAGCCUCUUUCGUCUAUUUUACCCAUUUCAGUGAGUGGUGAAGAAGAUUGGGAUAGAUUGACCAGCAGAGCUAUAAACGCUGCAAUUGUUCUCGGAUUUGGGACCCUUGCUAUAACUAAGUUGUUCACCAUUGACCACGAGUACUGGCAUGGGUGGACAAUUUAUGAGGUUCUAAGAUAUGCACCCCAACACAAUUGGAUUGCCUAUGAACAAGCGCUCAAAGCAAAUCCUGUUCUGUCCAAAAUGGCAAUUAGUGGUGUUGUCUACGCCAUUGGAGAUUGGAUUGCACAAUGUUAUGAAGGAAAACCGCUUUUUGAAAUUGAAAGAACACGCGUGUUCAGAUCAGGCCUUGUUGGUUUUACUCUCCAUGGCUCCCUUUCCCACUACUACUACCAAUUUUGUGAGGCUCUUUUCCCUUUUGAGGAUUGGUGGGUGGUUCCAGCCAAAGUUGCCUUUGACCAAACUGUAUGGGCGGCAAUUUGGAACAGUAUCUAUUUUUUCGUUUUGGGGCUCUUACGUUUUGAAUCCCCAAUCAGUCUUUUGAGUGAACUGAAGUCAACAUUUUGGCCCAUGCUGACUGCUGGUUGGAAGCUUUGGCCAUUUGCUCAUCUAAUCACCUAUGGUGUGGUCCCUAUUGAACAAAGGCUGCUUUGGGUGGACUGUGUGGAGCUCAUCUGGGUAACAAUACUGUCAACUUACUCAAACGAGAAGUCCGAGUCAAGAACAUCUGAAACAUCAGUAAAUAUAAAUUCUGACCCUUCAUCAAGUCAAAGCAAUGAAUCCAAGGACUAAAUUUGUUGGUAUACAUGACAAUUUUCUGGUUGGGAACCAACCAAAUAUUUUAAUGAAUGGUGAGAGUGCUGCAAAGUAAAAGGAAUUGUCAAUAUUGGAGGAUCUGUUCACUGCUUAUGCAUUUGGAAAUGAUGGUAUGGAAGAGGGAAGAAAGAGGUAGGUCUAGCCAAGUCUUUGUUAUAUAUGUUAUAAGUUAUGGUCUCAGGAGAAGAAGACAAGAUUUUGGUAAAUUUGUUGUAUAAAGUUAUUACUUACAUUCAUGCAAACAAAAAAAUUGCGCUAAAAAUAUAUAUUUAUUUAUUUAUACACAUAUAAAUGGGGAUAUAUGAUAUACCAAUAUAGUAUAUAGACACAAUAUAUCAGAUGUGUUUUUUUUUGGGGGGAUAUAUGGGCUAUCAGAUGUUUUCUUGUAUGUUCUUUUCUUUGGCAAUUCUCUAGAACAAUAAUAUUGUCGUUACGAGCUUGAAAUACGACAACUCAAAUUUUAAACAGCA